AUGGAUAGCACACCCUCAAGUUCCACAGUUUCAAGAACUGUCCUUCUCCUUUUGAGGGUCUUAACCUUUGUGUUCCUUUUGAUUGCGCUCAUACUCAUUGCCAUAAACAAGCAAACUGAAGACACAAGUGAUGGCCCAACGGAAGCCAAGUUCAAUGAUAUCCAUGCUUAUCGAUACAUGAUCUCCACGAUAGUCAUUGGGUUUGCAUAUAAUCUCCUCCAAAUGGCACUCUCAAUCUUUAGUGUGGUAUCAGGAAACCGUGUAUUAAGCGGUGAUGGUGGCUAUCUGUUUGAUUUCUUUGGUGACAAGAUUAUAUCAUACCUUCUACUUUCGGGUUCAGCUGCUGGAUUUGGUGCUUCCGAAGAUCUGCACACUUUAUUCAAAUCAAUAGAUCUUCCCUUCAACUCCUUUUUUGAAAAGGCAAACGCCUCAGCUAGCCUUCUUCUUAUUGGAUUUCUGUUCACUGCAAUAGCAUCAACUUUCACUUCCUUUGCUUUGCCAAAGAAAGCUUAG